UUGUUUGUGGGGUAGGUCGUAGGAAGAUACCGAGGCGCCGAGGCAUGCUCGAGUUUAAGAUCCCGUUCCUUAGCGCAUCCAUCAUCACUUCUCUUGUCUGACACCCUCGCUGCCAUUGCAACCUCAGUUUUCUCUAUAUCCCUCCAUUCAUCAUGGCCGAACGACUGAGCUCCAUUCUCUCGCAUAUCACGCCUAGCAGAAGCGGCCUCUCAGCUAUAACUACCAAAAACGCCGACGAUGUGGUUAUUACGCUUGCGAUUCGGACCCCUCUUACGAAGGCCAGCAAGGGUGGCUUGAAAGAUACGCCGCUGGACGGUUUGGUGUAUAAGCUUCUCAAGGAAGUGAUUUCGAAGUCAAAGAUAGAUCCGGCGGUGGUAGAGGAUAUCUGCUUGGGCAAUGUCUCCGACGCCAAAGCUGCCUAUUACGUCCGCGCCGCGAUGCUCGGGGCCGGAUUCCCCAAUACCACUGCCGGCUCCUCCGUCAACCGUUUCUGCAGUUCUGGUCUGAAAGCGGUACAGGACAUCGCCAACCAGAUCUCCACGGGUAGCAUCAGCGUCGGGCUUGCACUAGGCGCGGAACACAUGACCACGGGUGGCGACCGUCUCGAGCGGCCCUUCUACGACGAGAUAUUGCAGAACCAGGAAGCGUGCGAUUGCAUGCAGCCCAUGGGACAAACCUCAGAGAAUGUAGGAAAGGACUUCGACAUCAGCCGCGAGGCGCAAGACAGGUACGCCACCGAGUCAUAUCGGCGAGCAGAGGUAGCCCAAAAAGCGGGCUGGUUCGACGACGAGAUCGCGCCCAUUUCUGUCAGGGUCAAGGACCCUAAGACGGGCGAAGAGAAGACCGUUACUCUGACAAAAGACGAGGGACCUCGAUGGGGAACCACCUUCGAGGCGCUGAACAAGAUUCGUCCCGCUUUCCUUCCGCACGGCGACCGCAGCACUGGUGGAAACUCGUCUCAAGUAACCGAUGGCGCGGCUGCUGUGCUGCUCAUGAAGCGUUCCAAGGCGGAGGAGCUUGGUCAACCCAUCCUAGCCAAAUACGUGGGCGCCACGGUGGCCGGUCUUGCUCCCCGGAUUAUGGGCAUUGGCCCCUCUAUCGCCAUCCCUAAGCUGUUGACGAAGUUCAACAUCACUCUUGCCGACGUCGAUCUCAUCGAGUUGAACGAGGCAUUUGCCAGCAUGGCCGUAUACUGUGUCAACGCCCUGAAGAUCGAUCCGGCCAAGAUGAAUGUGAGAGGUGGCGCAAUUGCACUCGGACACCCCCUAGGAUGUACAGGCGCUCGGCAGAUUGUGACGGGCCUUAGCGAGGCCAGGAGGCAGAAGAAGAAGAUCUUGCUCACCAGCAUGUGUAUCGGCACUGGUCAGGGGAUGGCUGGGUUGUUUGUCAACGAGCAGAUCUAAGAUGAGGCAUGAGCCAAAAAGGAUAAAUUUGUGUAUAUACUUGCACCAAGCUUAUGACAUUAAGCAUUGCGAUCAUGAUCCCUUGGAGACAACUUAGAGUAUCCCUUGUG